AUGGACUCCAAACGCACCGUGCUCAUCACCGGUUGCUCAGAUGGAGGCAUGGGAGCUGCUUUGGCAGUUGCUUUCCAUAAUGCAGGCCUUCACGUCUAUGCCACCGCUCGGAAUCCAGCAAAGAUGUCCAAGGUCAAGGCUCUCGGCAUAGAAACCUUGACCUUAGACGUGCUAUCUCGGGAUUCCAUCAACGAAUGCGUCUCGAAGUUGUCCAAACUCGACAUCUUGGUUAAUAACGCGGGCACAUCUUACAGCAUGCCGAUUUCCGACAUCUCCCUUGACGAAACCAAGAAGGUUUUUGAGAGCAACGUGUGGGCCCAGCUCGCUGUCACGCAAGCUUUUCUGCCCUUGUUGCUCAAAUCCAAGGGAAUGGUUGUCAAUCAGACCUCUAUUGUGUCCACCAUGGCCGUGCCGUUCCAGUCCGCAUACAACGCCUCCAAAGCCGCAAUGGCCAUCUUCUCAGACUCCCUUCGCUUGGAGCUGGAGCCAUUCGGUGUAACCGUUAUCGAACUCAAGACGGGCGCCGUGUCCACAAACAUGAUCCAAAAUCAGAAAGAGUUCACACCAGUCACACUGCCCAGCGGGUCGAUUUAUCAGCCUGCAAGAGAGGCUGUCGAGGGCGCCAUGAGGUUUGACAACAUGAGCAAUGUGGGCAUGCCUCCUGAGCAAUGGGCUGGAGAAGUGGUGCAAGAUUUGCUGAAGAAGAAGCCGUCUGCAAUCAUCUGGAGGGGCGCGCAGGCGAGAAUGGCACGUAUUGGGACCCUUUUCCCACACGGGUUCAUGGACGCGCAGAUUAAGAAGAUGACUGGGUUGGACAUCGUCGAGCAGAAGCUGCGCAAAUAA